AUGGCGGAGGGACUGAAGGCCAUGAAGGGGGGAAAGAGCCAUGCUGCGUUGACUCAUAUGUUCCUUCCUUCUGUGCCCUCUCCCUGUUGUCCCUCUUUUGUGUUCCUCCUUCCGCAUUCCUUUCCUCAGUCUGAGGAGGGCGGAAGAAAGGAGGACUCGGAAACGAACAUGGCGGAGGCACUCAAGGCCAUGAAAGGGGGAAAGAAGGGCGGGGGAGGGCGGGCGAGCAGAGGAGGCGGGGGAGGGGGAGGAGGGGGGGGAGAUGCCAUGGACAGUGGCACAGUUCGAACAAGAAAACCCAAGGCAGGGGGGCGGAAGGGCGGUGGGGGAGGGGGAGGGGAGGAGCAGGGAGGAGCGCGAGUGGCUGGCAUGGAUGCUGUUGUGUCGUCCUCGCCUCUGCUCUCCCUUGUGCUCAUGCCUGCAUUUAAAGAGGUGGCAGCGGAUCAGCAGGAGCAGGCAGCAGUGCGGGCAGCAGCAGACGCAGCGGACGCUCUGGUGGAGAUGGAACGAUGCGCUCCCGGCUCCUGCCAACUGCUGCUUGCUAGCCUACUUGGCAAACUCGGCAGAUUCUGCGUGAAGGCCAACGCUGGCAGGCAGUUUUGGUCGAAGCAGGGAGUUGGGGUUGAAGCAAGAGGUUUCCAACUGCAACCACCUCACCUUCCCCCUCCCCCCUCCCCCCUCUUGCAGAGCAUCAGAGGAGGUACCCCCCUCCCUGCAUCAGAGGAGGUCCCCCCCUUGCGUGACCUGAAAGCCAACGCGCGCAGGCAGUUUGGGGGACCGGGGGGUGAGGGAGGAGCGGAUGGGCGAGCAGACAGGCGGCAUGGCAAGGGUGGGGACGAUGACGUUAACAACCUGAGCCCUCUGGGAAGCUUCCUCCUUCGUAGAUGGAAGGGAAACUCGCUGCUGGAGUCAGGAUGA